UGCCCUGUCAACUUCUCUCUGCUCUGUGUCUCCUUCCUGUUGAGUGUCAGUCAGUCCAUUGACGCUAGUGGCUCUGCUGUGGGACUGGAGUGAGUGGAACGGGGCCAGAACACCACUGAUGAAACAUACACCUUUCAACGGAACUGGAUUUUAUAACACCUGUUGGACAAGGGGACCGAGGGGACUCUCUACUGUGGUUACUCUCUCCUCUCUACCUUCAAAGGAAAUAUUGAAGGACUGUUGCUGUUGAGUUUUGAAGUCCCCAGAGACUGAAGUGAGAAAAUAGGAGACAGACAAGGAUUUUCAGGAUCCAGGAAGAAGAGAGGGGACAGUAGAGGCUGUAAAAUUUCUUACGUUUGGACGGGGGAGACAAUGUCUAACAAAGGUGACACUGGAGGUCAACCUGCUGCCACAACAAUCAGCACUAUUGCCGUGCAGGCUGGCGACUCUCAGAUUAUUGUCACUGUGCUCAAGUGUGGGGAACUUGUAAAGCUGCAGUUGACUGAAGCCAAUCCCAACCUGCUGGAGAUCGGCAGCAACCAGGACGAAACAAAGAAACUGCUGGAUGAACACCAGCAGCUCCUGAUCAAACUCAAGAAACAUGAGGCAGGCGUGUGGGCUCUGCUGGAAGAGGCAGACAGGAUGGCAGAGGAGAAGAAGGAGAAUGAAGGGGAGGUGUACGAGGCCAUGGCUAACUCGCUGAGCGAUGCCUGGAGGACCCUGAUCUUAAUGCUAGAGAAGCGCAGGUCGCUGUUACUCCUGGCCUCAGAGUUCUUCGACAGGGCCCUGGAGUUUGCUAUCAGAAUAGAUGAGGGAGAAGAGUUCCAGAGCAGAGAACAGGAGCUGGCAGAUGCUGAGUGUCUGAAAGAACUGCUCCUGAAACACAGUGUUAUGAAGAGAGGUCUCCUGGAGAAGUCCAUGCUGGUUCUGAAUAAGAGCCGCGAUCUUCUAGACUUCCUGAGAGAGUUCCAGACAGAGGAGGCUCUACAGAGGAGCGAGGCUUUCCAGGGGGCUCACAGCAGCUGUGGCCGGGUGGAGAGUCUUAUGGAGAUACUGCAGGAUAGGAGGAGACAGGUGGAUCAGCACAUGAAGCAGCAGCUCCUUGACCUGAAAGUCAUCCUCAGCAUCUACCAAUGGGAUCGGCAGGAACAGGAAGUAACCCACUGGUUCAAGAGCAAUGCUGACUUGUACUUUGAAAGAGAUCAUUUGGGCUCAACUCUCACUGAAAAUGAAGAGCUCCUUCAGGAAUACAAGAAGUUUGAAGAGAAAGCCAAGGACUGGAGUGAGUUGGUGGAGAAGUUGCUGGCCAAGGCCUCAGAGCUGCUAGCGGGGGAAGCAGAGGGCCGGGCUGAGACGGGACAUGUCUCUGAGAGGAGUCUGGCUCUCAGAGCCCUGCACAAGCACUUCUGGAACCUGAUGAUGGGCCGUCUCGCACACUUACAGGAGAGCAAUGCGUUCUUUAGCAGCGCCAACAAGGCUUUUGGGGUCCUGGGAACUGUUGAGAGUAAACUAAAGGGGUUGAAGAGCCAGACACUACGGUUGCCUAAGUUGGCCAAAAAGCACGAGGAGCUGCUGCGAAGCAUUAAAGAGUCAGCCACCGACCCUCUUCAGAGAGGACAGCUCAUACUGCAGAAGGUUGACCCACAGAGCACCCAAGUGGAAGGGGUGAAAAGGAUGCUGGGAUAUGUGAGAGACCGGGUUGAUACUCUGAGCCGGGAAUGCCACGCCCACCGAGCCCUGGCAGCCAAGAGACAGCAGCUGGUGUCCACAUGUGAAGACCUCAUAGACAAGAUCUCGUUGUGGCUAAAGAGCAGCAACUGUUUCCUCUCCAGCAACACUGAGCCAGGCUCCCUGCUCUCCCAGUCUGAAGACAUGCUCAACAAACACCUGGAACUCUCCUCACAAACACAGGAAACAGGCAAUGAGGCAGAGGCCAUGGCAGAACAGAUAACGGAACUGAAAACACUGGAGUGUCCUGAAGCCACUGAGUUCUCCAACAAAGCAUCACUGUUAGAGGAGGAGCUGAAGACAGUCACCAGAAACAUCACAUCCCGCAUUGACAAUAUCCGACCAUACGUGGGCUUCUUGCGAAUUGCUGAGGAGGUGGAGGAGCAGAUGCAGAGUCUACAUGAGAGCUAUAACUGGAAGCCAGAGGAGGAGGAGAACAAGGAGAGUGGCGUCACGUCGAAGGAGAUCGCUGAUGCUAAGUGGCAGUCCAUGUUGGAACGCUUCCUUGCCAUGCAGGACCUGGGAAACAACUACAUCAAUUCAUCUAACAUGGUGAGUGAGGACCUGAACCUGAAUGUGAGGGCAGCCAUCAGUGUGGUGGAAAAGACCAUGGAGGAGCUGAACAAGAAGAAGAUGGACCUGUCGGACCUCUGGACCUCCUGGCAGCUCCACGUCAAUCAGGUGAAGUCCAUCAAGAAACAGUGGAAGAAAUGCAAAGAACAAUUGAAAAAGACUGUUCAUGACCUGAAGAGUGUGGAGGAGGUUCUUGUCCCGACUUCUAAAGUAGAUCUGGGAAGUGACCUUCAGACUGUGUCAAAGCUACUGGAGAACUUUAGCCUAGAUAAACCCCAGUUCCUGCAACUGAAUGCAGAGGUAGAAUACAUGGUGAAGACAUCAGAACUGUUGGCACUGAAAGGGAUUCCUAUCAAAGAGAAGAGUGAGAAGGUCACAGAGAUGCUUCACCUUCAUCAGAGAGUGAAAGAUAACAUCAAAGAGUAUGAGUCUGUCCUCAAGAUGGCUGUGAAGUUCCACCAGCUUUAUGAAGAGUUGGAUAAGCUGUUAACGUCGGAGCCUGUGACAGGGUUCAGUGAGACGAGCCAGGCUAAGAUCCAGCUGAUCCAACACCAGGACAGACAGAGCCACAUCAGACACCUGUACAAGCUGGCUAUCUCUCUGGGAGGAGACAUCAGCAACACUGUCCAGCAGUCGCAUGUCUCAGGGUUUACAGUGCGGCGUCUGCAGGAGCGUCUGGAGAGACUGGAGAGAGGUUGUGUGAACUGGAGCACCGAGGCCAACAGGUGUGAAGAGAGCCUCACCAGCAACCUGCGCUACUGUGUCUUCAAGGAGGAGAUCACUGAGCUGAGAGAGUCAUUCAAGGAUCUCAAGAAGAAAUUCAACAACUUGAAGUUCAAUUAUAUGAAGAGAAACGACAAGUCAAGGAACCUCAAAGCAGUUAAAAACCAAAUCCAGCAGAUAGAGAUUUAUAAUGAAAAGUUACAGGUAUUGAAGAAGAGAAUGCAGGCUUUCACAGUGAAAGUGACAUCCAGCACAGAGAAGCAUCUGAAAGGCAGUAGCCCCAGAGAGAUAGAGGAUGCUGUCAAUGAGCUACAGAGACAGCUGGGGGACUUUGACAAGACUGUGGAGGAGUACAGAGGGAACCUGGACAUGAGCGUGAAGCUGCAGCAAGCUAUGGAGGAGUAUCAGUUCUGGUGUGAUGAAGCAAGUGCUACAAUUGUGAGAGUAGGGAAGUACUCUUCCCAGUGUAAGACCAGGGAAGCAGUGUCUAUUCUUUACAAGCAGUUUGAGAAGUUUGUUUGGCCCACUGUGCCCCAGCAAGAGGAGAGGAUCAGCCAAAUCACAGAACUGGCUGUCCAUCUGCAUGGUGCUGAGGAGGGAAAGAAGUAUAUGGAGAAAACUCUCACCAAACACAAUGAGAUAGUGGAAUCGAUAAAGGAACUUUGUAAUGGAUUAAUGGAUUUGGAGGCUAAACUACAGAAUGAGGCUGUGAAGGAGGAGCCUGAAAUAAAAAAAAUGCAUAAUGUCAUACAAGAGGAAAACAAACAAGAACAAAAAUCAAACCAAGAAACAGAGAAAGCUGAGAUGUACCCCCAGGAGUCUCUUGAUGUUUCUGAGCUGAAAGAAACUGGACACACUCCUGAACUAACCAUGGGAGGGAACGGGAAAGAGGUGCCCAUCAAAACAUUAGAAAAUACAAGAAGCAAGAAACCUCAUAUCCGCAAAACAAGGAGCCAGGACCUUCCAGACAAACACCACCCAGAACAUCACAACAAAGUGUUAUCAGAGAGCAGGUAUCACACACAAAAGGCGUACUCAGAGAUGAGCAGAGUGGAGACGAUCACCAGCAGGUCAACACAGGAGAGUAAAGAGCAGCUGAGCACCUCUUUCUGCUGCACACACACCUUCAACCUGUCCUGUUCACCACUGGAGAGGGACAGGAAAGUCCAUGUGCUCCAACAGGCAGGGAUCAAGUCUCUGGUCACCUCUCCUACUCUUCCUCCUCCCCCAGCCUUCACUUCAGCUCCUAGCUUCUUUGAUAUACAGAGAGAGUUCCAGAAGAAGGAGAGACAGGGCCCUGCUCAGAGGAACUUCCCUGGGUUUCAUACUUCUAAUACUGAUCAGAUUGGUCUUCUUACAGGCGAGGCUUUCUCCCAAGAUGUAUCACCCCUGCUGCCUCCCGCAGGUGGUCUGACAGAGGGGAACCUUCAGCGGCAUAACCUCAUGACAGAAGAGUCCCUGUCCAAUGACGAAUAUGAGUGCACUUCCCCCGACGACAUCUCCCUGCCCCCGCUCUCCGAGACCCCAGAGUCCAACAUCGUCCUAUCAGAGAAUGACCUGGACCUGGAUGGUUUCUGUCUCAGCUCCCAGUCCCACACCAUUCACAUCAACCAGUACAGCCACCAGUUACGCUCCACACGUAAUAAUGAAAACAACAACAGCCAGAGCCAACAGAGGAUCAGAGAGCAGACUGAAAGCUGCCACUCUCCUACAUUCGGCCUCAACACCAAGUUCAGAGAGGAGUCCUCUUCUUUCAUCCAGAGCACCCUGACUGUCCCAGCACCGAUCCUGGUCUCAAACACACUCUCCAGUAUUCUGAAAAGCAAGGGAAUCCCCAACCUCCCUAAUCUCCCACCAGUCGGCCCCCUAGGCCUAAACGAGUGCCACCAGACCGUGUAUUCCGUGCAUGAGAGCUCUGUCACAGAGACGCAGGAGUGUGUGCAUGACCCAAGCAGCGUGAUGGUCCGAGGAGCUGCCAUGCCCUCUGCAUUCCCCACUGCUGCCACCACUCGUUCUCUUAACACGCAUGCUACCCCCUCCCCAUUAACCACCACAGCAGUCACACCCACAGACCCGGGCCAAGACCCAGACCUGUGCAAUCCAACAGCCAUCAAAGAAGAGAUCAGGCUGCCUGGUACCAGCCGGUCCGUGGGGAGCACCCUAGCAGGCCAGGGCCCUCCUCACUUCUCCAAACUACUGUCUAGUCCCACAGUUAUGGAGGGAUCGCCUGUGACCCUGGAAGUGGAGGUCACUGGAUUUCCAGAGCCUACUUUAACAUGGUUCAAGAAUGGAGAGAAACUGACCAAUGAUGAGCACAUAGAGCUGUCACAAAAAAAAGGCAAACAUGCAUUGUUCGUAGAGAAGGUCACUGAGACCGACGCAGGCCUCUAUGCGUGCCGGGCCGUCAACCCAAGCGGCACCCUGUCCUCUAGUGCCGCUCUUCAGGUGAAAGCACGUAACAACAGCUGUCCCGAACCCGACUACGCUCUUCUCAAGCUGGACUGGCACACUUGUUUUGGUACUCUGUGUUUUCUCCUGUACCUCCUGUACUCAUUGCUGUUAUGAAGUAAUACAAAAUAUUAUAUCAAGCUUUUCACUGCCAGACCCUUUUCCACUCUCACUGUAAUGGAAAGUAGUGUUGAUGUUGCACAUUAGUACACUGGAUAACCCUAAUUUUAACUGUGAAAUCUGUAAGGCUGCCUGAGGUGUCACUUCUGAACCUGAUCCCAAUAACCACUUACAUACUACACCCAAAACACCAACUGUGUGUAUGAAUGUGAGCUUAAUUUAUUUGUAGUUUAGACAAUUGUUUAAUUUGUGCAUAAAACCAAAUUAUAUCUCAACUUCAGUCAAAAUAUCCUUAAUAUUAUACUUAUAUUUUAUCUGCUUUUUAUCUAAGUUAGCGCAUUUGAUUCUGUGCCUCUAUGACCAAAUGUCCUACAAUUAAUGAGAGAAUAAGGUAUAUUUAUUAAUAAAUGAUAAAAACAGUAAUUUAGCUAUUUCUUCAGUUUCAAUACUGUAUUACAGUGCAUUCGGGAACUAUUAAAACCCCUUGACUUUAUUUCACAUGUAGUUUUUUUCAUCAUCAUUGUACACACAAUACCCCAUAUUGACAAAGCAAAAACAGGUUUUUAGACAUUUUUGCACCCCCCCCCCCAAAAAAAACGGAAUUAUCACAUUUACAUAAGUAUUCAGACCCUUUGUUCAGUACUUUGAUGAAGUACCUUUGGCAGUGAUCACAGCCUGGAGUCUUCUUGGGUAUGAUGCUACAAGCGUGGCACAUCUGUAUUUGGGGAGUUUCUCCAAUUCUUCUCUGCAGAUCCUCUCAUGCUCUGUCAGGUUGGAUGGGGAGCGUCGCUGCACAUCUAUUUUCAGGUCUCUCGAGAGAUGUUCGAUCGGGUUCAAGUCUGGGCUAUGGCUGGGCCACUUAAGGACAUUCAGCCACUUGUUCUGAAGCCACUCUUGCGUUGUCUUGUCUGUGUGCUUAGGGUCGUUGUCCUGUUGGAUGGUGGACCUUUGCCCCAGUCCGUGCAGCUGAAAAACACCCCUACAGAACAAUGCUGCCAUGACCAUUCUUCAACGUAGGGAUGGUGCCAGGUUUCCUCCAGACGUGAUGCUUGGCAUUCAGGCCAAAGAGUUCAAUCUUGGUUUCAUCAGACCAGAGAAUCUUAUUUCUCAUGGUCUGACAGUCCUUUAGGUGCCUUUUGGCAAACUCCAAGCGGGCUGUCAUGUGCCUUUUAAUGAAGACUGGCUUCUGUCUGUCCACUCUACCAUAAAGGCCUGAUUGGUGCAGUGCUGCACCGAACUUCUUCCAUUUUAGAAUAAUUGAGGCCACUGUGUUCAAUGCUGCAGAAAUGUUUUGGUACCCUUCCCCAAAUCUGUGCCUCAAACUAAACCUGUCUCAGAGCUCUACGGACAAUUCCUUCAACCUCAUAGCUUGGUUUUUGCUCUGACAUUCACUGUCAACUGUUGGACCUUAUGUAGUCAGGUGUGAGCCUUUCCAGAUUAUGUCCAAUCAAUUUAAUUUUCCACAGGUGGACUCCAAUCAAGUUGCAGAAACAUCUCAAGGAUGAUCAAUGGAAACUGGAUGCACCAGAGCUCAAUUUCGAGUCUCAUAGCAAAGGGUUUGAAUACUUAUGUAAAUAAGGUAUUUCUGUUUUUAAAUUUUGUAUAAAUGUGCAAAAAUGUCUAAAAACCUGUUUUUGCUUUGUCAUUAUGGGGUAUCGUGUGUAGAUUGACGAGGGAAAAAAUGUUUUUAAUCUUUUUCAGAAUAACACUGUAACGUAACAAAUAUGGGAAAGGGUCUGAAUACUUUCCGAAAGCACUGUAUGCCCUUCCUAUAAAAGUCUCAAUCUUUGAGAUAUGAUGGUAAAUUGUGUUAGCCAAGUCCCCUUAAAUAUCAAUGUCUUUCAAAUAAAGUAAUGCUUCUGAUAU